ACUCCAUCCAGUGCCUAGUCGAUAGAAGGCGUAGUAUUAACAACGCUCGUUCCUCGAUGCCAAUAUCAACUUCAUCCUCUACACCUCAUCAACUUGCUACAACCCAAGAUUCGACUUGGCGUCUAGAAGCCUCGUUUUCAGCCUGUGCGCAAGAUCGUGAAAAAUUCUACACGUCAGAAAAUCUUUCGCAGAAUCCAUCGCCUCGAAACAGCGCAGCUGGGGAAAAGAAAAACUUGAACUCGCACGGCCGAGGGAGGGCUAAGUCACGAAAAAAGGACACAAGGCAAAAAAGUAACGAUUCCUCGACACAAAUUUUGUUGUUCACAAUGACAAAAUGUUGAAAAUCUCAGAGAGGUAUCUAUCUAUCCAUACAAUUACAGUUGAAGCAAGGCGCGCGAGGAAAAGAACCUCUUCCAGUAUGAUACCAAAACCUGUCGCCCCGCCAAAUCAUCCCUUCGCAAGAUCCCAGCCGGAUCUUUCCCUUUCUUUCUUUCUUUUCU